AUGGCUGUCGUCACCCUCCUCAUGUCGCCUUGGGCGCCAGUAGGCCUGGUUGCCUUCUUUUUCGUCUAUUAUCUCUACCCAUACUUCUUCACAUACCGUCACCUCAGACGUAUCCCAGCACCAUUCCCGGCCCAGUUCACCAACUGGUGGUUACUUCUUGUUGCCCGUCGUGGCGACCGGUACUUGACCGUUGAUCAACUUCACAAGAAGCACGGCACUGUUGUCCGCAUCCAACCCAACCACGUCAGCAUCAACGAUGACGCCGCCAUCAACAUCAUCUACGGUCACGGCAAUGGUUUCCUCAAGUCCGACUUCUAUGACGCCUUCGUCUCCAUUCGCCGGGGUCUCUUCAACACCCGCGACCGUCACGAGCACACCCGCAAGCGCAAGAUCGUCUCCCACACCUUCUCGGUCAAGUCGGUCGCCCAGUUCGAGCCCUACAUUCACUCCAACCUCGAGCUCUUUGUCAAGCAACUGGACAACCUCGUCACCCGCUCCCCGAUGAAGACUGCCGUUCUCGACUGCCUCAACUGGUUCAACUACCUCGCCUUUGACGUCAUCGGUGAUCUCGCCUUUGGUGCCCCCUUCGGCAUGCUCAGCUCCGGCGCCGACAUGGCCGAAGUCCGCUCUUCCCCAGACAGCCCCCCGAUCUACGCCUCCGCCAUCGAGAUCCUCAACCGCCGGGGUGAGGUCUCCGCUGCUCUGGGUAUCCUUCCAUCCCUGAAGCCUUACGCAAAGUACUUCCCCGACCCGUUCUUCACCCAGGGUCUCGCCGCGGUGGAGAGCCUGGCUGGUAUCGCUAUCGCCCGUGUGAAGAUGAGACUUGAGAACCCACCCCCCGAGGGCCGCAAGGACCUCCUCCAGAGACUUGUCGAUGCCAGAGACGAAAAGGGUGAACCGCUUGGAAGGGAGGAACUCACCGCCGAGGCCUUGACUCAGCUCAUCGCCGGGUCCGACACCACCUCCAACUCCUCCUGCGCGCUUCUGUACCACGCCGUCCGCACCCCGGGCGUGAUCCCCAAGCUCCAAGCUGAACUCGACGCCGCUAUCCCCCACUCGAUCGACGUCCCCACGUUUGAAAUGGUCCGCGACCUGCCUUACCUCUCCGCUGUUGUCAACGAGACCCUCAGGCAUAACUCGACCUCCGGAAUUGGCCUCCCUCGUCAAAUCCCGCUUGACUCCCCUGGCAUUCACCUCAACGGGCACUUCUUCCCCGGUGGCACUGUUUUGUCGGUGCCGACGUAUUCGGUUCAUCAUUCAAAGGAGAUUUGGGGCGAGGACGCCAAUCAGUUCAACCCGGAUAGGUGGUUUAGCUUGACGCAACGGCAGAAAAAUGCUUUUAUUCCUUUUAGUCAUGGGCCGAGGGCGUGUGUGGGGAGGAAUGUGGCCGAGAUGGAGAUGAAGUUGAUUGUGGCUACUUGGGCGAGGAGGUAUGAGGUUGAGCUGAGGCAGGAGGUGAUGGAGACGAAGGAGGGGUUUUUGAGGAAGCCGCUGGGGUUGGAGGUUGCGUUGAAGCUUAGGAAGGGGUUCACGCCUUUGGCUUAAGGGGUGGGUGGUAAGAAAGGGGGAGUGUACGAUUAUUGGAAGGGGGGAAAUGUGAAUAGUAUAUGAUGACAUGAAAUA